GUUCGAAACUCGGUUCCAUCCAUUCCACAUGUUCGUUCCUGAGCGCGAAUCGAGUCGCAAACGCCGGAAACCACUUGAUUAUCUCCACUGAACCGCGCCGCUGAACCGCCCACUAACACAAGAGUACACUGCGGUCAAGAUGUCGACACAACAGCAAGCCAUGAUUAUGGACACGCUCCUCACGCUGAGGCGGACGUUGAAGCGCAAAGCCUACGACUCCGACUCGGACUCGUCAAUCGACCAGACUACGAACCGCGGCAACAAGCUGAAGAAGAGAGCGAGAUUUGUCCACGAAGGCCGGCUGGCCUCGUCGAUGGGACCCGCCGCAUACAAGGAGAUUGCAGAACAUGCCGGGUACCAACGGGCGAUCAUCAACCGCAACCCGCCCUUGAUUGACGAGGACGGCUACGACAUCGACAGCGACGAUGACGAGGAGCAGGUUCAGGAGGCCAUUGCCUCGGCCUUGGAAGAAAACCCUUACUCGUCCAUCCGGCUCGAGCAAAUUCUUGCCCCCCUUACCGCCGUCACCGACCUGCCGUCGCAUCCGACCUUCUCGCGGCCAUUUACUUCGAAAUCGCUGGACGAGCUGAUUGAGCAAGGUCGCAAUCUGAUGCAGAAGGAAAACAAGGCGCUGUGGAAAGCGAAGCCGUUACUUACCAAGCUCGUCGGCGACAACACAUGGGCACCUUGCGGGCUCAUGGCGGCCCCCGACAACCGCGAUGCCGUGCUGUUUAGCGACACGGUGAGCUUUUUCAACCGCCCAGCCAGCCGCGUCCCAACAAAAGCCCCAGCUCCUGGCGCAAACGGGAUCUUUAAGAACACAUUUACAGAGUCAGCGCUACGAGGGACGGCGCAGGAUGCAGCCCAGACGCGAGCCACCGCGCGCUCGGUCGGAAACACAGGGCAAGACGGGGCACCGGGCGAGAGGGUAAAUGGCGGGGAGCCAUCCGCAGACGUGCACACAGACACUUACGGUAAAGACGGACUUAGCCAAGGGCCAGCAACGACGGAGAGCGCAGUAAGGGACGGUCAAGCUAGCGGGCACACGAAUCACGACGACGAGAACAAGGGUGGCCCUGAUGACGGGGACACUUCCCUAGGCAAACCGGGCGCGGCUAGAGCGGGGGACGUGGAAAUGGCCGAGGCGGCCGGCGCGGAUCAAGAACGACCAAGCACACACAACCUGCUCGCACCGCCAGACCUACCCGCCGCGUCUCCGCUCCCCGAGACGGCCGACGAGCUCUUCAUCCACCCGCUCUUCCGGCUCCCGUCGGCGGCGCGGCCGGACCGGGACCUGGGCCUCCCCGAGCAUGAGGCGGAGGAGGUGCGGCGGCUGCUGCUGCUGUACGUGCAGAAGCAGGAGGAGGUCUGCCGGGGCACCAAGCGGCUGUACGAGGGGCUGCUCAAGGCGGACCGGCUCCGCCAGACGGUGUGGCAGUGGGCCAAGGCGGAGGCGCACUCCGGGCCGAACCGCGACAUGUCGGACGGGGAGGACUGGUACGACAAGGAGGCGUGGGGGCUGACGGAGGACCUGAAGAAGGGGGAGGACGAGGUCGAGGAGGAUACGGCGCAGACGCAGAAGAAGACGCGGAACCGCAAGUGAGGAGAUUUGUCAUCGUAUGGUGUGCUUUGUUAACUAUUGACUGGGUGGGGUGGGUUUCGUUGUGAGCUAGCGAUAUAGAGAUACCAAUUACGGAUGCACCCUCUUGUUUCUC